AUGUUCCCGUUCAUACUUCUCUGUGUCGUUCAUUUCUGUUUAUCGAGUCCUCCUUCUGAAGAUGUGAUGCGAAUCGAAGAGAAACUGACGACUGACAGAGAAUUCUACGACCAAUGGUUGCAACUCAUAUCCCUACAGGCAGACCAGCUCGAGGAGCAGACCCUGGACUAUCCCCUCGAAGUGACAGCACUCGAAUCCUGCACACGCGUUCCUCCAUCUGACACGGAAGACACUUCGGACACCCUUCGGCCGUCUUCCAUCGCGAUCUACGCCGAUAUCGGACAUCUGACCACCUAUUGUAAAUCUAACUACUCGCAACUUCAACUUGGAAUUUUGGAUUCAUGUGACCAUCGUGUGUUAUCAAUGACUCUGCCAUCGUUGGACAAAAUGCUGAGAGUGUUCAAUCCGAGUUUGAUGGUAGUGCAAAGCAACGAACGUGGCGACAGUCUGAGGGAACAGGCAAGAAGUAUUGCUGAAUCCAUACAAGAGAUCAAAGGCUACGAAAAUGUGUGGAAGUUCAUAUUGAUAGCAGCGACGAUCCAGGAUGGUGAGGCUUCUGAAUCACGACAAACCGCUGUUGAAGUGCUGGAAGCGAUUGAGGAACUUCGCAAUCGUCUACCAGUCAGGACUUUCAUAGUUGUACUUAGGACAUCAGGGAACGGAAUCUGGUCCGAUGCAACGCAUUCCCAUGUUGCGUGUCGGGAAAUGCUCUCUAUGUGGAAAACGCACAGUAAAUACAAUUCGAUGUCCGUCUGGGAUCAGAUGGAAACGAUUGUGCAUAAAAACUUUCGGCGUCCUGAUUUCACCGUGGAGGUGCUACCAUUGCUCCGUGAAUCUGCCCUGGUCAAUCUGCCUGAUCAGUUGCGAGACUAUCGCCCCGUUGCUCCUCCCUUGCUGUGUCCUGAUUUCCGUUGUCCUUUUUUCCGUACGGUUACUAAUAGCGGAUUUUGCAUAUGGAAAGCACCGUUGGUAGCUGAGGAGUCAUCCAUCUAUCCGAAGUUGAUCACUGUUUGUGCGCUGGUGUUCUGCGUGGUACUAGCGACUGCGGUGUUGUUCUUCGUGUGUCGCAAGCCUCGUCGAACCGACGACAUCAAGAAAUCGGCACUGCCCUUUGGCGCCAGCCUUAGCUCCAUCAAAUUUAUUGAUGAAGACCCAGUGUAA